GGGCACAGGCACCACAGCUGCCCUAGCCCCCCAUUGUCUGUGUGCAUCCUCCUGCCCACCGCUGCCCCGUGGCCCAGCGAGGAUGGAGGCCAUCAAGAAGAAGAUGCAGAUGCUGAAGCUGGACAAGGAGAACGCCCUGGACCGGGCAGAGCAGGCAGAGGCUGAGCAGAAGCAAGCGGAGGAGCGGAGCAAGCAGCUGGAGGAUGAGCUAGCUGCCAUGCAGAAGAAGCUAAAGGGGACAGAGGAUGAACUGGACAAGUACUCUGAGGCCCUGAAGGACGCCCAGGAGAAGCUGGAGCUGGCAGAGAAGAAGGCAGCAGACGCUGAGGCAGAGGUGGCAUCUUUGAAUCGCCGGAUCCAGCUGGUAGAGGAGGAGUUGGACCGAGCUCAGGAGCGCCUUGCCACAGCUCUGCAGAAGCUGGAAGAGGCAGAGAAGGCAGCAGAUGAGAGUGAAAGAGGCAUGAAAGUCAUUGAAAACAGAGCUCUGAAGGAUGAGGAGAAGAUGGAACUGCAGGAGAUCCAGCUCAAGGAAGCCAAGCACAUUGCAGAGGAGGCAGACAGGAAGUAUGAGGAGGUUGCUCGGAAGCUGGUGAUCAUUGAAGGGGAUCUGGAGCGCACUGAGGAGAGAGCUGAGCUCGCAGAGUCUCAUUGCCGGGAGCUGCAGGAGCAGAUCAGAGUGAUGGACCAGAACUUGAAGUGUCUGUCUGUUGCCGAAGAAAAGUACUCUCAAAAAGAGGAUAAAUAUGAAGAAGAGAUCAAGAUUCUGACUGAUAAACUCAAAGAGGCAGAGACCCGUGCUGAGUUUGCUGAGCGCUCUGUAGCCAAGCUGGAGAAGACCAUUGAUGACCUGGAAGAUGAGCUCUAUGCCCAGAAACUGAAGUACAAAGCAAUUAGUGAGGAACUGGACCACGCCCUGAAUGACAUGACUUCCAUAUAAACUGAAAUCCACCAAAGAGGAGCAUCUCUGCACGCAAAGAAUGCUGGACCAGACCCUGCUAGACCUGAAUGAGAUGUAAAGGAUCCCUGCCACUGCCUCUGCCAUGCGAUGCCAGCCCAGCUGCUGCUGCCCUCUAACCCUGGGACCAGAGUUUACUUUCUGUUGCCAACUUGACCAAACACAAAUCUUAGUUCCAGGGUUAAAGGCUACCAGGUUGGGCAGAGCUUCAAACAGCAUCAUUAAGGGAAGUAAACAAUGCAAUAAUGUUUGGAGAGCAUGUUUGAGAUGUACACAUUUUGUAACUACCUUUUUUUGUAGCGACCAUUAUAAACAUUCCAAAUAACGUGUGAGGCUGGUGAGCUACACUUCAGAGCUCUUGGCUUUAGAAUUUGAUAUUAAACUUCUGUUAAUUGGCUCUGGGCCACCCUGCUUUGGCAGGGCAGGAAACAGAUGUGAUGGUUCUGGCUGUGAGUCAGAGUAGCCAGGCUAGGGUGACAGCCUGUUGAGAGAACUUCCUUUUCCAGGAGCUGUUUGCCAAAAGCACAGUUCAGUUUUCAGCUUUAAGGUAGCUCUAUGUUGGGAAGGAACGACUUGGGUGAAAGGUGUCCUUUUUUGGGGGUUGUUUUUUUUUUCUUAAGCCAAGCCAGUCAUCUGAACAAUUGAACCAAUUGAACCUUCACAGGGAUUUUGUCCCUUCCCCUCCACACCCGAAGGGCUUAGAGAAGCCACUGUCCCUGUAACCCAUUGCUACCCUGGAGCUGACUUUGCCUUCACUAAGUGCUGAUGCACCAAGCUUCACUGCUCAUCACUGGGUUACACUUAACAACUUAAGUACAACAGCCUUGUGUCCUUGGAGAAGUGUUUUUGCCUACCUGGAGGGAGGGAGCCAAGCCUUCCCUCCUGCCCAGGACUGCUCUUAUUGUCUUAAUUGAUUCCAAGCCAUCUCUCUGUGCAUUGCUGAUGUGUUGUGUUGUGAGGUGUGAGUGUGGCACUGCCACGCUCGCAGUAACUUGUGGUUGGAGCAUGCUGCCUGGUUGUAGCAGUUUUUGGGGCCAAUCUGGAGACAAAAAACAUAUCCAGUGUUUUGAUACUAAAUUGAAAAAUUGUGUUACUGUCUUUUGAAAUAAAAACUGAUUCCUCCACAUG